CAGUGCCAGAGCAUACUAAGUCAAGACAGAGUCCUAAAUCUAAACAACUUCCCCCCCUUCCCCCUCCCCACAAAUACACAUACACACACAAUCGUACACACAUACAGUCCUCAGCAAUGCCAAGGGGGCACGAUCAGCCUGCUGCCCGCUCUGACAAGCCCUGCCUCUUCACCUCAGGCCCUUGAGGGCUGUGCCCUGUGAGCUUUGUCCUUUUGACCUCCCAUUGGUCAACCUUGGAACCGGAGGUCAAUCGUUCUCCACUCGACCCGGGGCCACGAGCCGCACUCACAGGCAUGGCUCCCAUUCGGGAUUCCGUCAGCCACUCCCCUAAUCAAACAGGUCUGGAGCACCCUGGCUUGGACUCGCAGUAUGAGCCUUCCCCCUGGUCCUCUGGCUCUCCCUGCAGCGGUGACGGCAACACCAACUGGGGCAAAGUCCUAGUGGACGGAAGCACCGACAAACCCAACAACCCUUCUUCAACCAACUCUUCCGUCUGGCCUCCGUCUUCUUCCUCGUUCUCUUGCUCCUCGUCUUCUUCCUCUUCUGGCUGUGGGUCAGGAUCGGACCCAGAGUUGGCGUCAGAAUGCAUGGACGCAGAUUCUAGCUCCUCGAUCGGCUCGGAGAAAAACCUCGCCGCUGUGACGACAGUGAUGAUGAUGUCAGCAAAUGCUCCUUCCUCUGUGUCUUCUACAGCUUCUUCUCCCUCCUCUAUGGUGACUUCCGACAUGAUGGUCGGCGUUUCGGUGAACGGAGACAGCAACGGCAACAGUCGUCAGAUAAUCGGCGGAGGGAUGGGAGGCAUCGGCGGUGCAAAUAACGGAAAUAAUAACCUCACCGGGUCCUCCCACUACUCCGCGGCUGGGUCCAGCAGUAUUGGCAGCAAUAACAUGGGCAACCACAACAAGCCCGUCAAUAACAGUGGUGUCUGGGGCAGCAACAUGAUCUCUGGAGGAAGCACCCCCUGCAUCAAUGGAGGGUUGAACCCAAACACUUUAAACCCAAAUGCCAACCACGGUGCCUGGCCACAGAAUCCAAGCCCAGUGUCCCAGGGCCAAAGGGCUCCUCAGGCUCAGGGGAUGAAACUGGGUAUAGCUCCCCAGCAGGGCCCCAUUCUUGGCUGGGGCGGCAUGGCAGCUCCCAACAACAGCAGUAUGAUGGAAGACACCGAGGCGAAUAAUGGUACAGCAAGCAGCAAGGUGUUAGGAAGCAGCAACAGUGCAAAUGGUGGCCUACAGCCGACCAACCUUAACACUGAAUCCAAUGGACCAAAUAACACUAUGAUGAAUACUACUACUACUACUACUAACGCCACAAUGACCUCUAGUCCACCAAACUCUACAGCCUCACCCCAACUCAGCGGGGAUUGUUCCUGGGGCUCUAUUGGAGGAGGGAACGUGGGUCCGCUGGCGAAUGGAAACCCCAUAUCAGCCACCCAGCACCCCAAAGGAGAGCUGGGAGGUCCUGGGACCUUCGGUACGCCUUGGGGCGCAACUACCUACCCUGGUGAAAAGGGCUCCCUAAAUGCAGACACUGUGAACCCACAAAACCCUGCCUUAAUGCAGGCCGGGAACCCCCAAAUAUCCUCUACUGCUGCUUACAAGAGUAAUAAUAACCACAAUAACACUGGGGCCCCACACUGGGACCAGGGGCCUGCCAAUAACCCAAACCAGCCUCAGAGCAACUCCUGGGGUAAUCAAAUCCAAGGCUCUGCAGGCCAAACGCCAGGAAAUGGGAACCAAACUACGAUGGGCCCUCCAGCAGGGAUACCCCGGCCCUGGGGGAGCAGCGCGUCUUCUUCCUCUUCCUCAUCGUCCUCUACCACAUCCAACAACAAGAUGCCGAAUGGAGAAUGGGGAACGACAGCUCCUGGUAUCAACCAAUCAGAUGCUGGAAGUCAUAAAGGAAGCUCUGCCAACAAUGGCUGGAAGAGCUUGGAGGAUGACGCCAUGGGAGUAGGAGUAGGAGGAGGAGGAGGAGGGGGAGGAGGAGUGGGAGGAGGAGUAGGAGGGGGAGUAGGAGUAGGAGGAAGUCACGCCUUAGGGAGCGUCACUGGAGGCUGGGGCCGCACUGGAGGAAGUGAGGGAAGUGGAGAGAGCUCCGGAGGCCGAUCCAGCGCCGACAGAGACCAGUCAAAAGGGGGAAUCCACAGAACGGUUAUCCCUCCUGAUCCAGUAGUAUCGGCUGUGCCCCCGGUCGACGUGGACCCGAGAGUCCUUUCCAACACUGGAUGGGGACAGACACCCGUUCGACAGAACACCUCCUGGGAUGUCAACUCUCCCGUUAAUAGACAAGUUCCUAGAGGUGACGAAAGAAAGCAAAGCAGCGGAGGCCCCGGAUGGGGCACAGCAACACCGGCAGCUCCCUCCCAGACCUCCGGAGGUUGGGGUGGUGGGCCGGGCAACUCAGGUCCAGGUCCAGGAGGCUCUGGCUGGGGCGAGCGACAAAACUCAAGUUGGGACAAUAAAGCCCCAGCAAACGGAGGAGGUGGGCAGAGCAGCUGGAACGAUGGAUCCGGCUACAAGGGUGGCAACAACAACAGUAACACUUGGAGCAAUAACACCAACAAAGACGACAGAUCCAAUACCUGGACUAAUGCGCCCAAACCGCAGCAGCAAGGCUGGGGUUCGCAGAGUGGACAUGGAAGGGAGGGCUGGGGUCACGGUGGAGAUGGACCCAGAGCAGGGGGCAACAACCACUGGGAGGGGCGGGAGAGGGAUAGCGACAGCAACCGCUCAGGCUCCGGAUGUUGGAGCGAGCAGAGCCGAACCAACACCAGCAGCGGCGGCGGCAACACCUGGGCGGGCGGCGGAGGAUCAAAUACUCCAGAACGGAGCACUCUGAACCCAGGCUCCAACUGGAGCGACUCAAACCCUCAGAAACCCAACCCUCAGGGUCACAGCCAGGGCUGGGUCGAGCCCACAAAGAACAACCAGAACUGGGGUGAGCAAAAUCCAAAGCCCUCCAACGAGUGGGGGAAAGCUCCUGAAGCCAACAUGUCCCGAGGCAAUCCACCCCCCACCAAGCCCGCAGGCUGGCAAGGAGGCCCAAUUCCCACAGCAGUUCAGAAGGAGGAAACUUCAUCUGGGUGGGAAGAGCCUUCUCCUGAGUCUGUUCGCAGAAGGAAUGAGAUCGAUGAUGGGACAGCAGCUUGGGGAGAACCAGCCGCUAAACAUGGCGUUGGAGCUGGCAACAUGUGGAGCAAGACCAGACAAUCAGAGCAUGAGGCUGCGAGUCAGCCCCCUCAGCACCAGCCCCACCCGCCUCGCAGCGUCAUGCAUCCUCCUCCGCCCGUGCAGCCUAUGGCCCAGGACAAAAGCUGUAAUAGUUGGGGUGAGCCGUACGCCAAGAAGAAGGAGUCCUCGACGUGGGAGCCUCCCGCUCCUCCACCUGUAAAAGUGGACAACGGGACGUCUGCCUGGGGGAAACCCAUGGAGACCAACUCCACCUGGGAGGAGCCCGGCCGAGAUAAGAGAGACUCCGCUGCGCCUGGAUGGAGCGGACAGCACAAGCCUGUAGCUCCAGGUCCCAAGCCCAUGGAGACGUGGGGAGGAGGGGAGGGCAACAGCUGGGACCAGGAAGAGGAGGUGGAGAUCGGCAUGUGGAGCAACAGCCAACAGGACAACAGAUCCCACGACCAAAACACCUGGAGCUACAAGCAUAAAGUGUCCAGCAAGAUGAACAAACCAGUCAACAAACAGGAUGAGCCCUGGAUGAGGCCGUUCGUCAACCAGUUCAACAGUAUGAACUUCUCUAGAGACUCUCCUGACGACUCCAUGAAAACGGGAGCAGGCAUAGUGCAGGACAAGCGUAUGGACAUGGGCGGCAUGGGAGACUACAACGGAGGGAUGGGGAAGAACCCCGGGUCUCGCCACCAGCUCCACAAGGACUCUCCCAUGGACCGUGGCUCUUACUAUGACAAGGUGCCUCCAUCCCUGUUGAAGUACCCGGGAGGUAAUGGAGGUCUGAACCCUCUGUUCGGCCCUCAGCAGGUCGCUGUGCUCAACCAACUCUCCCAGCUCAACCAGCUGUCACAGCUCAGCCAGAUCAACCAGUUACAGCGUCUUCUCCUCCAGCAGCAGCAGCAGCAGCAGCAGCAGCAGCAGCAGCAGCAGCUGCAGCAGAAAGUUCAGAGCCAUAGACCCAUGCCUGUGGGACGACCCAGUGAACAGACUCGUCCUAUUGGUUCGUCUCCGUCGAUGAUGCAGCCGCCUCGCCACCUGGACCCCUCCAUGAUGAAACCGCCUCCACCACACAAACCCUACAUGGAUAACUACAUGUCCCACAAUGCCCCUGACAUGCAGAAGGAUGCUUCUUCUCUUGGAUCCUUCAGCAACUUCCCUUUAAGCUUGAACUCUAACAUGAAUGUACCCCUGGACAUGGGUGUUGGUGGAGGUAGUGGCGGUGGAGCUAUGAGCUACAAAGAGCCGCCCCAGUCCAGAAUGAAGAAACUUUGGUCUACUGACCCUCUGGAGCAGGACAGCAAAUCUGGUGCUAUGUCGUCUGGGCUGCGUCUGGAGGACUCUCCCUUCUACAACUUCCUGUCUCCUGGCCCGUCUCCCCUGAGUCCUCCCGGCCAAUCAAUGGGCUCGGUGGGAGAUGGCUGGCCACCCCGUGCCAACUCCCCCCUGCCCCCUGGAAACACUGUCGCCUGGCCCCCAGAGUUCCGACCCGGGGAGCCCUGGAAAGGUUACCCCAACAUUGACCCUGAGACCGACCCUUAUGUGACCCCCGGCAGUGUCAUCAACAACCUCUCCAUCAACACCGUCCGCGACACAGACCACCUCAGGGACAGGAACAACGGGCCAUCCUCAUCACUGAACACCACGAUGCCUUCUAACAGUGCCUGGUCAUCCAUUCGUGCCUCCAGCCACAGCGGUUCCCUCACCAGUACAGCACAAAGCACUUCAGCCAGACCCAGUGAGUCGAAGUGGUCUCCCGGCGGCGGUUCUGUGUCCAACUCCUCCCUGGCCCACGAGCUGUGGAAGGUCCCCCUGCCUCCCAAGGCGCUGGCUGUGGCGGCUCCUUCCAGACCUCCACCUGGCCUCACCAGCCAGAAGCCCAGCUCCGCCUCCUCCGGCUGGGACAGCUCUUCCCUGAGGCUGGGGGGGUGGGGCUCCACAGAGUCCAGAUACACACCUGGUUCCAGUUGGGGCGAUAGCAGCAGCAGCAGCAGCUCAGGGAGAUCCCAAUGGCUCGUUCUGAAAAAUCUCACACCUCAGAUUGACGGCUCUACCCUGAGGACUUUGUGCAUGCAGCACGGCCCUCUGAUCACAUUCCACCUCAACCUGCCACACGGUAACGCUGUGGUCUGCUACAGCUCCAAGGAUGAGGCCGCUAAGGCCCAGAAGAGCCUGCACAUGUGUGUUUUGGGGAACACUACCAUUCUGGCCGAGUUUGCCAGCGAGGAGGAAAUCAACCGUUUCUUUGCACAAGGGCAGUCACUGGCCACUCCCUCCUCCAGCUGGCAGGCCAUCGGCUCCUCUCAGAGCAGAAUGGAUCAGUCUCACCCGUUCCCCAGCCGCGCUCCUGAGCCCACCCAGUGGAACAGCAGCGACCUCCACAGCUCCUCCCUCUGGGGCGGGCCCAACUAUUCCAGUAGCCUGUGGGGAAAUCCCAGCGGCACCGAGGGGGGGAGGAUCAGCAGCCCUUCUCCAAUCAGCUCCUUCCUCCCAGUGGAUCACCUGUCAGGGGGAGGGGACUCCAUGUGAACCGCCUGCCAAUCAAAACAGGCUAUGGGAAGGGUCAGUAGAGAAUAAUCAAUAAUCAGCAGAAAAAAAGAAAAAAAAGUAGUUAAAAAAAAAAAGCUAUGGCACUAGUCGGACUCUUUUUCACUUACAAGAAAUACAACAAAGCGGGGUCUCCCCUGUGGAAAACAAGUUACGUUUCUCUCUCUGCACAUAUGUCCACUUUGUUUUAGCCCAAAAACAUAUCAGUCGGAAUACUUGAAUCAUGCAGGCCAAUUCUAUAAUGUGAACGGAUGGAUAUUUGCUUCCAGGUAGUGCUCUUUCAGACCGAAAAAAGCUUCAAUCGAGCUCAUUAUUAUAUAUAUAUAUUUUUUGUUUCAUUCGUCAUGUUUAUUUGAAUUCCAAUUAUUUUCAUUUUUAACGUUUUCUUUUUUUUGUUUGCUGACAAUGUUGGAGUAUGAGCUUUUUAACUUUGCACUGAAUGUGGUUUUUUCUCAGUAUAUAUAAUCUGCAAUAUAGAGGGAGCAGCCCGUUUUUCCAGUGUAGCUGUUUACUCAUUGAGGUCCUUACCGUAUGCGCGUGCACGUGCACAUAUGUGCGCGGAAGUACUUUGUGUGUGUGUGCGAAUGAGUAUGUGUGCGCUCCUCUCUGCCUUGGCACGCCUACCUUACUGCGUUGUCGUGGAGUUCAAGAUCAACAGAUAGUUAAAGAAGAAUAAACGCGGACUUAGGAGGAUUAUCUGGUGAUAGUAAAAGUGACAUUAAAAAGUAUUGCACCAAUUUUGUUUUAAAACUAAAGAACGUUGAGCUCUGCAGUGCAAAGGACUGUAGCCGCAGCUGGGACUAGCAAGCCCCGCCCAUCCAGUGUAAGGGGGCGGGGCCUAUCUAGCAAGCCCUCCCACUAGCCCCCUAGUGGGCAGGGGGGAAACAGCACUUUCAGAAUAGGCUUUCAAUGUUUUGGAGGUGCCACACUGAAACCUCUUGUUUACAAGACUUAGGAGGCGGAACGUGUGUUCAUUCUUCAUUUUAAAGAGAAGAUGGAAAAAUAGAAAAUAGUGAGAAAAAAAAUAAGAAAAAAAAAAAGCUACAAAAAAAAGUAAAAACUCUUAUUGAGGAUGAAGACGAUGCUUUGUAACUCUGGGAAUUCGGAUCAGUGUUUUUGGCCAUGGCGUUGGUUAUUUGAACUAUUCCUCUUUGUCUGCUAAAUAACCAGCAAUGGUUCUCAGGAAAUCAAGCCAGUUUUCCCCCCCUUGUAGGUGAAUUAAAAAAAAGAAAAGAAACUACUACUCCUUGUAGGAAAGGAAAAUCCAACUUCUAGCACUGAAACUAUGUAUAGGUCUGUACGUUUUAUUUUCUCUGCCAAAUAACUGCUUUAAGCUGGAGAAGCUCAACACACUGCUUUCAAUAUGCUGUCUUUUGAAGGACGGGGGGUCCUGAUGUGGUGGGGGGUGGAGGACGGGCUGUAGACAUCCCAAUGCUCCCUCUCUCCUCCUCUUCCUCCACUCCUCCACUGAUGUUAAAAAUCAAAAGUGGGGAGUGUUUAUUGUGUGAGUGUGUGACUGUCAGUGGAAAAUGCUCGGUCUUGUCAGACUUCUAAACCAAGAGAAAGGCGAAUCUGUAUCUAUGCAUACUGUAGCCUCUCACACGGCCUACUGAGAGGCGCUUUUUUGUUUUUUUUUUCUCACAAAAUGUUUUAAAUGUUUCAUUAAGUACAACAAAAAUGCAAACUAUAACUUGCUUUUUUGUUUUUUUUAAUCGCUCUCAUUGCCACAAAUGGUGUUUUUGAAAUAAGGAAAGAAGAAAAAGCUUAAAAAAUCAUUUUGUUUGGUUGAAGAUAAUAUUUUAACAGUGCAAAAGUCGUCCACAUUUCAUUGCCUUGAUCCUAAUUGUGUCCGAAGAUGCAACAACAAGUCAAGUGGCUUCUACCUGUUUACAAAUAGAAUAUGAUUGUAUUGUUGUACUGUUUUUUUUUUUCUUCCUUUGGGGUUGGGGAGGGAGGGGGGGGUACUCAUCUGAAGUUCCUGAAUUGUGUGUGUGUGAAUGUGUGUGUGUCUGUGUGUGUGUUACAAGGCUCUGAACCGGCGGAUGUUGGUCCUAUCGGAGGGUCGUGUUGCGAGAGCGGCGUGAAUGUAGAUCCACCAGUUGUGUUUGUCGACUAAAUACACGUGUGAAUAAUAGACUUACCUAUCUACCAUUGAUUGUUUAGUAACUAUGAUGCACAAUUAUCGGGGGAAAUCAAAAAGCUUCAGAGAGUGCGCGAAAGAAGUCAGCAUUAGCGAAGCCAUGGACCUUAAUUUCUUCAUCGUGUAAUUGCUCUGUGUUAAAGCCCGUGUGCGCGUGUCCCCUCUAUAGGUUUUUAUUUCAGAAGUACGAGUAAACGUUGGCUUAAGUUGUGUUUCUUUAAGUUAAGUCGUGAAUCUUUAACAACUUCAAAGCUUGCGUAGUGAGACAGAACCUCGAGUAUUAGCCAGAUGUGACCGUGGUGUGUGCCAGUAUUGAACUGCUCUCUACCAAAUAAUUCAAUCAUACAAAAGAUUAGUUUACUUAUUCCAGAGUCUCUUUGCUUAAACUAUACAUAUAUAUCUUAUUUGUGUUUGUCUGUCAAGUGGAACAUCUGAACCAUAUUUGUUAUUCUUUGAGUUAACUUAAUUUGACAAAUUGAACUGAGGAGCCUUGGAUUUUGCACUUGGGUGGAUUAGAGGAAAAGGCUGAGCGAGCGGAGAGCAAAGCCGAGACGGAGGGUGUAUUUGUUGAUUAUCAGGUCUGUCUGAGGGCGAAGAUGCGUCUGAGUAUUGUGACAGGGUAAUAUGUGUGUGUGUUUGUGUGAGUGUGUGUGUGACUAGAGAAGAUGGUGCUUUGUUGGCCCCCAGUGAGGGAGCAAGAGAGGGGCUUGGUCGUCCUCUCCAGGUUUACCUCUCACUGUUCGCCGGGCUGGCUCGCCACGCCGCCUGAACCGAGCCUGAAUGUAGCUGAAAACGGUUUUUAAAAAAAAUUAAAUGUACUUUGCCGAGACUCGAUCUGCCUUCCCCGGUACCCGAUCAGCCUCAAACAUGGAAAAAUAUCAAGUAAAUCAAGCUUUGCUUUGUGUUUAUGUAUCUAAAUCAGUAUUUGGCAACUGUUCUUGACCACGCCCCAUGUUGUUACGGCAACCGUUGCCGUGGAGACGCUCUUGUCUCGAGCUUGACUGAAUCGAGGGUUCUUAUUGGCCCGUAGCAACUUGGGAACAGGAAUGAGACUUCUGAUUGGCUGGUUCAUCCUGGCUUUGUUGUUUUUAUCAGGGACACGGGGUUAUACUUGCCUUUUCACUGGCUGACCCAGGAUCAGCUCUUCCUCUCCGACUCCUAAGCUUAACUACAGGAGAGGAAAUGCAAAACGAGAACUGACAGGAAGUCCGGGGGCAAGUGAACUCCAAGCAGUCUAUUUAUUUACUUUCCGCAUAUAUUUUACACUUCGUUCAUUCUGAUUUUUGGCAAUGCUAUUUCUCCUAGCGCUGAUACCGGGAGUAGUUCUGUCCCUCGUCAGUAUCCUUACCUUAACCAAUAAUGGGACUUAAACUGACCUCGGAUCAGGAGCAGGAGGCCGCAUCGCUCUGCUGUUAGAGAAGGGACAAGCAACGUCUGUAAAACGCCUCUCAUUCAUGUUAAUGUUACUGUUUUGGUCUCCGGCUUAAUCUCGCUCUGUUUCCGUCUCGUCGAAUCUACUGUUAGUGUGAGUGUGUGGGGAGAUGCAAAAACCCAGUCAAGUACAGAAACUGUGUAUGUUCGAACACAUUAUCAUGCCAAAUCGAGGAGGGAGGGUGAGAGGGAAGGAAAGGGAUUGAUUUGAUUUCUUUUGUCUUUUUUUUGCGUGUUGUAUAAGAAGUGUGUGUUUGUGUAUUUAAAAAAAAAAGAAAAGCUGGACAAUGUUAAAUGCUUGAAGAAAUCAUUUGCAAAAGGAUGAUGUGAGGAAAACCACCACGAGCAAUGUACAAUCCCCAGGGCUGCCAAGCAGCUUUCAGACAGGGCCAGACGAGGGGAGGGAAGAAGGAAAGGAAGGAGGGAGGGUGUAGGAAAGGAGGGAAGCUGGCUGGUGAUACUAUACUACUUUUUAAUGUUUAAGAAAAAAUAAUGUGACUCUGUUUUUCUCUUGACUUAACUAUCCUGUGAGCAAAUGCUAUAUUAUAUAUCAUAACACACCCAACGGCUCCUACUGUCGAUCAAAAGGCUAUUUUUGUUGACGCAAAAAAAAAAACAGAAAACAAAAAAAAGAAGAAAAAAAAACACAAACUGUGAGAAUCUGCUGUUCGUCAUUUUACAUUUAGACA